AUGGUGAAUUUGUGCAUUGUGAAAGAAUGCAAUAAUUCUAGUGCGUUGACUAAGAAGAAGUGCAUAAUGUUUAAGUCACCUAAAGAUGAAUUACGUCGUAAGAAUUGGCUAAUAAAUUGCGGUCGUCAAGAUUUAUUAGAAAAAUCAACAGUACGUCGUUUUGUGUGUUCAGACCAUUUCGAGGACAAAAUGUACUCAAACCCUGAUAGAACAGUUUUAUUGCCUACUGCGGUUCCUACUGAUUUCUCAUUGAUCUUUAAAGAACAUGUGUGCAGUAAUUGUGUGGAUACUAGUAUAUCAGAUCCAUUAUUGUUUAAUAAUUCAGUUGCCACGAGAACUCCAACAAAACAAAAUGAGUCAAUUUCUAUUUCUUGUUCACUAUCUCCAAGUUCAUCAUAUUCUGCUGAUUGUUCGAUCUCCUCAUCUACUCAAACUACUCAAAUUCUCUCAUUACAUACCCCAAGAAAGAAAAAGUACAUAUCUGAACUUCAAGAAAUUAAAGAUAAAUACAAACAGUUAGAACAGAAAAUGAAUGCGUUGAGUGAAGAAGUAGCUAUGAAGAAUAGUGCAAAUGCAAUAGAUGUGACUUCAGUUGAAUUGUUUAACAGAGUAGUUGAAGCACAUUUACCUCCUAACCUGUGCAUGGUUUUAAAACAGUAUGUUGAAAUGGGUAAGAGAAAACCUCAGGGCUACCGUUAUUCAAGUCAAAUUAAGCGGUUGGCACUAGAAAGCAUAGAAAGUUAG